CCGGGGGCCGGGCUCGCGCCGCGGUCGCCGGCUGCUGACGUGGGCCGGCCGGGUCGGGGGCUGUGAGUGCGGGCCGUCAUGGCGGUGGACAUCACUCUGCUGUUCCGGGCCAGCGUUAAGACCGUGAAGACGCGAAACAAAGCGCUGGGAGUGGCGGUGGGCGGCGGGGCUGACGGCAGCCGCGACGAGCUGUUCCGCCGGAGCCCGCGGCCCAAGGGCGACUUCUCCAGCCGGGCGCGCGAAGUGAUUUCACACAUUGGCAAACUGAGAGAUUUUCUUCUGGAACACAGGAAAGAUUAUAUUAAUGCUUAUAGCCAUAUCAUGUCUGAGUAUGGGAAGAUGACAGACACAGAACGAGACCAGAUAGACCAGGAUGCUCAGACCUUCAUGAGGACCUGCUCAGAAGCAAUCCAGCAACUAAGAACACAAGCCCACAAGGAGAUACAUUCCCAGCAAGUGAAGGAGCACAGGAGUGCUGUUGUGGAUUUCAUUGAAGAUUACUUAAAAAGAGUGUGUAAACUUUACUCAGAACAAAGAGCCAUCCGAGUUAAACGAGUGGUGGAUAAGAAAAGAUUAUCUAAGCUGGAACCAGAACCAAGCACAAAGACAAAAGAAUCCAUGCUUUCUGAGAAAGUUUCACAGAAUCCUUCAAAAGACUCUGAAGAAAAGCCUGUCACGGAAGAAUAUCCAGAAACGAUUCCGGCCGAAGCACAACCUGAAUUGAGAACCUGGGGAGAUGGCAAAGGUGAAGAUGAGUUAUCCCCAGAAGAAAUACAAAUGUUUGAACAAGAAAAUCAGCGCCUCAUUGGUGAAAUGAACAGCCUGUUUGACGAAGUGAGGCAAAUCGAAGGGAAAGUGGUUGAAAUUUCCAGACUCCAAGAAAUAUUCACAGAAAAGGUUUUACAACAGGAAGCCGAGAUUGACAGCAUUCACCAGUUAGUUGUAGGGGCAACUGAGAACAUCAAGGAGGGCAAUGAAGACAUCAGAGAGGCCAUUAAGAACAACGCCGGCUUCCGAGUGUGGGUCCUCUUCUUCCUGGUGAUGUGCUCCUUCUCCUUGCUCUUCCUCGACUGGUACGACAGCUAGGCUGGGCGGCCGUCUCUGCUGGCCGCGGGCAGUGGGGAUGCGACAGGAAUUUCUGCCCGGUCGCUUCUGGCAAACAGUGCACUGUCUUGUGUCUCUAGCCUCGGAGUGUGGUUGUGACCGGAUUUUAUCACAGAGCCAUUGGGUGGGGGACUGAGACAGACAUACUCUCAUAAAAUGGACGCCCAAACCUGUGGUUUUAAGCCUGUUUAGUAGCU